UCUCUCUUAGGUUUCUUAUAAUAAAUGAACCUUCCUCUUCUAUCCUUCGUUGUCUCUUAAAUUGCAACUAGGUACCACACUCACUAGUCUCUCCAAAAACCCUAAAAAUCUGUGUUUUUCUCCCAUAAACCCCAUACGAAACAAAUCAAUGGCAGAAACCGAAAUCCCAAACGAACCCGCAUUACCCACAAAACGCAAACUCGAUGAGGACCCAUUUCCUGAAAACAAGCAAGAAAAUCACACCAACAAAUCGCAAAAGCUUGAGUCUCUUACCAACAACUCACCAAACACCCACGAGAAAACCACUGAUAGAACGCAAACUCUAGAAGCUUCUUUCAAUAACCAAAAUGACACCGUACAUAAAGUGGUAGAAGAAGAAGAAGAUGGUGAUGAUGAAGAUGGUGAUUAUGAAGACGAAGAGAACGGAGAGGAAGUGUUGGUGGAUAGGAAAGGGAAAGGGAUAUUGAUUGAAGAAGAUGAAGAUGACGACUCGAGUGAUGAUGAUGGUGAUGAAUCAAGUGAAUUGGAUGGUGGCGAUGAUAGUGAGGAGGCGGAGGAGGAUGAUCCAUUGGCUGAAGUUGAUUUGGAUAAUAUUUUACCGUCGAGGACUCGAAGGAAAGCGGUGCAUCCUGGAGUUUAUAUUGCUAAUGACAAUCACGUGAAUGAUGAUGAUGAUGAUGAUGAUGACAGUGACGCGUGAUUUUAAAGCAAGGUGAGGACCUUCUCUUCAUCAUAAACCCUAUAAUUCCUAGAACCACAAAGUCAUGUCAGGCAGUCAACUAUGGCAGCUAAGCUUUAUUAGAAGUGGAUCUUAGCCUUUGUCCAAGAACUCGUGCUUCCGAACCAAUUAAGCAGGUAGUGCUAUCUCAUCAUUUAGAAAGCACAUGAAACGUUCUAAACUUGAUUUAUUUAUUUAUUUCUUUUCUUUUUUCAUUGGGAGAUUUAUUGGAUUUUGUACUACAUGAACAUAUUUAACUAGAUUUGACAGAUUUUCAUAUUUUCCGAAAUCCAUUCUUGCCUCACUUCAUAAGAUAUCUAUUUUCUUACAAGAAUCUAGAGCUGUAUGGCAGGAGGUGAAUCUCUUUAUCCUAAGAUCUUCAUAAUGGAAAUCCCAAAUAUUAAAACCCGAGCGUCUACUUGGGAGCAAAGUUGGAUUUGCUGACAGCUAAAAUAGUUGGUAAGACUAGUUGAAUACCUUCCACCUCAACAUGAAAUCACCGCGAAAAAGCUUCCUCCCAUACUUUACAAGAUGAACUAUUUAAAGAAUCUAUAGAAUCCUAAAGAUUUCUACCAAAUCCAGUCGAACCUUUACCACUGUAUACAUUAUAAAAUUAGAAACUAGCACUCAUGAUUCAAUUGAACACCCAUGAAAGACAAGGAAAAUGAGAAAAGUUGUUGGCUUAUGCAAGCAUCAUGUUGCAUUACAGUUGUGGUUUUUGCUCGGCUUUUCCCGAUGAUGUUUGUCUUCGCGUUUAAGUUUUAUAUCAUCUGUUGUUGUUAUUAGCAUUUGGAAUUCAAACAAUCCCUUUCCAGCAGGCUAGACCAGGAGCUUGUGUGCUGAAUGAACCAGGCUUAGCAGUGAGCAGAGCUCAUCUAGGCUGCAAGCUCUCAUUAUUUGUGACCAGAGGCAGGGCAUCGAGUAACAAGAAGAUGCAGAAUCACCACGGAGCAAUCAAAGAAAAACCAGUCACAGAGGAGUAGCCCCCACAAUCACGUGGCUAGUGAUGUCCCUUUAGCAAUGGCCCACGUUAAGGAAAUCGACAGCCGAAGUAGGUUAAAAAAUUGGGAAUAUGAGUCCACUUGAAAAUCUCCGCGUGGCUUGACCAAGUGGCCCUGCAUAUUCAAACGCCGGUGGUCAUGCCACAAAAAACCAACAGAACAGACACCAACGGUCCAACACCAGGGACCCGAGCACCUUUUGGCAAGGCAUUUGUAGGCAAGGAGUGUUCCAAGAAAAACCUCUAAAUCUUGGAACGGAACUUAAUUGAAUAGACUGCAUCUGAAAAAGUAGGUUAAUCGUAUCUAUAUUUUUCAAAUUAUAGAUUCUCGUUACGGCUCACGAUUUCUCAACCUAGACUUUCUUUCCUUCCAUGUAUUCCACAAUAAAUAGUCAUUUUAUAUA